CGAACAAAAGCUGGGAACCAUGUUCUGAGAGGUAGGUAGUUCCUACUCUCGCCUUGCGGUAGUUCGGGCUUGUUGAAAGCGACGAAGCUAUUGUAGAUCGAAUGGUUUCGUGCCUGACACGCCGGGUUCUCUGACGAUUCUACGAAGCAAACAUUCUGCCAAGACAGUUUAGGACUAGCAAACAUUAUGUAAUUUCAGGCCAGGGUCUCGAAACCCCUACCUUACUUGUCGAGCCUUCGACACGAUUCGUAGCUUCUGAGCAGGCUCUUGGGCGAGCAUUCACGAUCUUUAACGAUUCCGCGAAAUGAGGAGGGGCGGUGCGCGGGCUGAUAUGAGUAGAGGGAUAGUGAUCGUUACUCCUGGACUCGACGCUGUAUUCAAGGCAGCCAGGGCAUCAGGGACUCUCAACCUUUCGGGAAACGAUCUCAAGGAAGUGCCUCCCGAGGUGUACUCGCUGCUGGAUGACGUCCCCCAAACCGAGAAAUGGUGGGAGUCCGUGGAGCUGCAGAAAGUGCUUCUCUCGCAGAACAGCCUCACCCAGGUCUCGGAGGAGAUCGGCCGCCUGCCGUGCCUCACGUGGAUCGACGUCAGCUACAACGCGCUGGCUCGCCUGCCCGCUGCCAUUGGCAAGCUGGUGGAGCUCAAGAGCCUGCUGGCGAGCCAUAACAAGCUGGAAGCUCUGCCCGAGGAGAUAGGCGGUGCAACGAACCUGGUCAAGCUGGACGUGUCUCACAACGCGCUGGAGAGCCUCCCUCUGGGACUUGCCUCAUGCACGCUGCUCGCCCACCUCGAGGCCAGCGCCAACCGCAUUGUCUCUCUGCCGGCCUCCUUGGCUGCCUGCACGGCGCUCUCUCACCUCAACCUUGAG